AACAUACCAAACCAAAUGUUCUCAACAGGCGAAGAGCCAUACAGGCUUCGGUUAAUAAAGGGGUCGUUCCGACUGAUCCAUGUUGGGGAUCGUCAUGUCGGGGAUCGUCUGUUAGAGCUACUUCGAAAAAAAUACCAAGAUGGGUCGACGUGGCGAGUUCAACUUGGAAGAAGAGCCCGGUCGUAAAGGGAACGGUAUCUACUGCAGUCAGCCCGUUCUCGUCUUCACCGUUCUUACAGUGUGCGUGUUGAUUGCAGCCACAGUGCUCAUGACGUACUACAUCCCUCUGUCCCUCAAGGACGACGGCGUUGCAACCAAAGCACCUGCAGUCAUACCAUCGACAACUAAAGCCAUGAUGGCUACCGAUCCACCUGCCGAACCGACCACCAUGCCACCUUCGGAUCUCAUGCGGGGCCGGCUGCCGAAGACGGUCCUGCCUCGCCGGUAUGAAGUCAACCUGCGACCGUUCCUAUAUGACGAUGAUGUUCCCGACUCCAAAAUGGGAGAGAGGUUCACCUUCGAUGGUUGGGUGCGGAUUAAAGUCGAAUGCAUCGAACCGACGGACGAGAUUACUCUGCACUCCAAGAAUAUCACCGUCCAUGGCAUGCCUACCGUCCUUAGUGUCAGCACCCUAGACAAGACCGAUCUCUUUGAGAACUAUAAGAUGGUGGAGGAAUACGCGUUUAUGAUCCUGAAGUUGAAACAAAUGAUGAAGCCACACCAGGAAUAUGACAUCUACAUGCAGUACUCAGGAAUUCUGGGGGAUGACGAAGCAGGAUUCUACCCUAGCAUGUAUCUGGAUUCCGUCAAUAAUACAAGAUACAUCGCAACGACUCAGAUGGAAGGGCCGUACGCACGACGCGUACUUCCAUGUUUUGAUGAGCCUACCUUCAAAGCCUCGUACGACGUUCAACUGGAACAUCGUAACGAUAUGCAGGCGCUUUCUAACGGCAUUGAGACGAAGCACAUCCGACUGGAUGGACACUGGUCGAGGACUUACUUCGAACGAGUCCCGUCGAUACCCACCUACCUUCUGGCUUUUGUAGUACAUGACUAUUCUUCCAUCAAUGUCACCAAUGCCAAUGGGUGUUUGAUUCGUGUGUGGUGUCAGCCGGACCUCAUUCACCUAGCUCCCUACGCCCUCAAUGUCUCAGAUAGGGUCCAGACAUAUUUCGACGAUUACCUAGGCAGCGAAUACCCACUGGCUAAACUAGAUCACAUAGCCAUCCCGAGCCUAGCUGCAAUGGAGAACUGGGGCCUGAUCAUCUACAAAGACUCAUUCCUUCUCUACGGAUUGGAGGCUUACGGAGAGGCGUACUGCUCUGAAACCAUCACCCAUGAAUUGGCACAUAUGUGGUUUGGUAAUCUGGUGACAAUGGAGUGGUGGGACGACCUGUGGCUUAAAGAAGGCUUCGCAACCUACAUGGAACACAUAGGUGUCCAUCACGUGCACCCUGAAUUUAACAAGUUUCAAAGCUUCUACGGCGACAUCACCCAAGGAGCUCUGUCUUCUGAUAGUCUAGGUACCUAUCCUGCUAUAAGAGCACCAGUCUACGCAGAUGAUGACGACAUAACCAAUGCAUUUACAAUCAUUACGUACUAUAAGGGUGGAUCGCUGCUCUAUAUGAUGGAGCAUUUCCUGACAAUUGAGGUCUUUAAUCAAGGUGUGAAAAACUACCUCAAGGAACGCGCUUACAAAAAUGCCAACGCGGAGCACCUGUGGCACGAACUAACUUACGCUGACAGGGAUGUUGGUAAACACGACGUGAAGAAGAUCAUGGAUACUUGGACCUUACAGCGUGGUUAUCCCUUGAUAACACUGACAAGAACAGGGAACAGCAUCGUGGCCACACAGAGGGUUUUCCUUCAGAUUAACAAAACAAUCGAAGAUGGCGGAUUUGGGGACCUUGGGUAUAAGUGGUAUGUUCCCCUCACCUAUGUGUACAAGUCUGGACCUGGUGAUCAAUAUGAAAAACCGCAACAAGUUUGGAUGGAACCAUCAGACGAUUACACAUACUUCGAUCUACCAGACGAUGCUAAAGCUGACGACUGGUACCUGGCCAAUGCCAAGAUGACUGGUUUCUAUCGCGUCAACUACGAAGACGACAACUGGCAACGACUCUUGGAUCAAGCUGCAAUGGACCCCGACGUCUUCAGUAAGGAAAACAUGGUGGGUAUGAUCUUGGACUCGUUCAACCUGGCAAAGGCAGAGGUCGUCCCGAUGUCGUAUUAUGACAGCUUCUCUGAAAGUCUCAGAAACAAUUCCAGGAGAACCAGACGAGCUGCUGUUUCAACUUCAUCCUAUUUUGCCAAGAUGUUGGACACUAAGACCAACAUCAAAAGGCGCUCCACCUCUGCUGUACAGUCUUAUGCGCAAACUCUAGUAGAGCCACUGUACAUUGAGUCUGGUUGGGAUGAGAGCUUUGUUCCUGAUUCACCAGCAGCAAGUGUUCGACGCGGAAAGAGUAGCCGGUUUGACAUAACUUCGAUAGCAUGUCGCUAUGGCAACAGACACUGCAUCACCAGGGCAACCGACAUGUACAAGGAAUACAUGAAUGAUCCGACAUAUAACGCAAUUCCAGACAAUUUCAGAACCACUGUGUACUGCAAUGGCAUUCGUUUUGGAGGCGAAUCGGAGUGGGACUUUGCUUUUGAUAUGCUGGGAACAGGUGACGACCGCCACGAGAGGGCGCGAUGGGUUAGCGCCCUCACGUGUUCUGUAGACUCUUCUCUUCUUCAGAGUUAUCUACAGUUGAUGAUGGAUUCAACCACUUUUAGUCGGAGGGAUGUCGAGCUUAUCCUUAUGGGCGUGGCCGAAAAUCCCGAUGGAUACGCGGUAGCUUGGGACUUUUUGUGUGACAACUGGGAUGCAAUCAGUACCAUGUUCAAACGGAAGCGUCAGUCAUUGUGCGAUAUCUUUGAGGAGAUUACAUCAUUUUUCAACACCGAGGAACAACUUCAAGAGUUGCUAGAUUUUGGCCACGGCCGUAAUCUCGGUGCUCUGAAGUAUGCGUACAAGUCGGCCAUUGCUUCGACCGAGGUUAACAUCAGAUGGAUGGAAAACAGAGCUGCUGACGCUGAAGCGUUGGUCCGAUCUGCAAUCUAAACAGCGCCCUCAAGAACCAAAAAGUAUCAUUCAGCAUGAUUAAAGAUAACAACUGAAACAGCGAGAGCGAUAUCAAGCUUAAGUAAAACAGGGGACGUCUUCUAAUGCGUCUUCCAGUUAAGGAACACCACGUCUAACAAGAAAUGUACAUAGAAAUUGCGAAGGAGUAACGAACAACAAACGUUAACCGAGUACUUCAGUGAUGAAAAAUUACAAACAAGUAUCCCUCAACUGGAAGAUGUACCAAAGAAACUAAACGGCGUGUGACUGAAAAUAUUUAUUCCUUAAAGUGAUCACAAAUUGUCGCUGUUUCAAUUAGUAUAACACAAUUUAGAUUAGUAGAAACGUACUCUAAUUGCUUGUAUUGAUAUUUGUAGAUUUUAAUAUGCUUUAGUAGAGUAACAGAUCAAAUGUGUCUGUAUUGGGCCAAUGCAAACUGCAUUAAAAUGUCAAACCGAAUGUUUAUUAAGUCACGUGUGGUGCUUGUAUGAUCUAAUCAGUACUGUUGGGGUUUUUAUAUAAUGCUUUUUGUACAAUAAUGUAAUGAAAUACAGUCAGCAAAGCUAAUCCAGAAUUACGCUAAUUUAAAUCUUACGUUUAUUUUACUAUGAGGUUUUAAAGGUUUUCUAUGGGCAAGAAAUCGAUAAAUAUUCACCAAUUUAAGCAAAUUUCUUAUGAACAAUUUUAGUGAUCUUUUUCGAAUCAGCAAUGAAGUAGCAUUAAGGUUUUAUGUUUUUGCACAUUGUUUGUUAAUCUUAUUGCACAUUUAUAAGCUGUACAGAGAAUUACAUAACUUACUUUAAAGAUGAAUACAAUUGAAUUAAACGAAUAAAGGUUAAUGAAUACA